AUAAAAUUUCUAUUCUAACAACAUAUAAUGGUCAAAAAGCCUUAAUAAGAGAUGUAUUAAAGCAACGGUGUUCUUGGAAUCCUUUAUUUGGUCGUCCAGCUAAAGUGACCACUGUUGAUAAAUUUCAAGGGCAGCAGAAUGACUAUAUUCUUUUGUCAUUGGUACGAACCAAGUCAGUUGGACAUAUCCGUGACGUAAGACGUCUCAUUGUAGCAAUGUCCCGUGCCCGACUGGGAUUAUAUGUUUUUUGUCGUCUCGCUUUAUUUAAAAACUGUUAUGAAUUGACACCAACAUUUGACGAAUUGCUAAAACGUCCUACUGGAUUGAAAUUGAAGAUUAACGAGAUGUGGCCUUCAAAGAGAGAU